AUGAAGGCACCGGUGACUCUCCUGGUGCUGUCUCUUCAUCUUUGUUUAUCUAUUCCGGUUAGCCGUCCCGGCAACUGGUUGAGACAAUGUCGAGCCUCCGCCAACCUCUCCAUCACAGCCUUAGAAGUGCUACCAGGCGGCGGCUGGGAUAACCUACGCAACAUCGAUAUGGGUCGGGUCAUGAAUCUCAGCUACUUUCAUUGCCAGACCACAGAAGAUGGGCUCUAUCUCAUUCCGGAUGAGGUUUUUGUUGUACCACACAAAGAAACGGGAGUGGAGACCAACUCUGAGAUAAUCAGCUCCUGGCAGUUUCAGCAAAGCUCGACGGCUCGCGGCAUAAACGCCGAAGCUUCUUUUUUCUCGAUGCUGAAUGGGAAAUACUCAUCUGAGAACCAGAGAGUGAAGAUCCAUCAGGUUCAAGACUCUUCAAACGCAACCAGAGUGCAGGUUCGGAAUCACAUCUACACCAUUAAGGCUUUUCCGGAUUUCAACCUCGACUCACGUUUUGCUCAGCAAGCCAGGGAAAUAGCUGAUGCAAUAGAAAACAACCAAACCCGAACUGCAGACUAUCUCUCUGAGAAGAUGGUCCUGGACUACGGGACGCAUGUCAUCACGAGUGUUGACGCCGGUGCGACUUUGGUGCAGGAGGACUACCUCCGUUCCUCAUAUGUGUCGAAUGGAGUCUCGGAAGCUUCUAGCGUAAAAGCGUUAGCUGGUCUGAACUUUUACGAUAAAAUCAAGUUCGACAUAAGCAGCCAAAACACCCAACAGAGCUCAUCGCUUCAAGCGUAUCAGUCAAAUAUUCAAUAUUCUCUUAUUCAAAGUCACGGCGGAGCAUCUUUCUAUCCGGGUAUCACUUUGCAGAAAUGGCAGGAAAGCACCAGAAAUAACUUGGUCGCUAUUGACCGCUUAGGAUUAGCUCUGCACUACUUCAUAAACGAAAACGCUUUCCCCGACUUGCCACAGCCGACUGUUGACAAGGUGGCUAAAUCGGUCGGUAAAGCCAUCGAACGCUACUACAAAGUUAAUACUCGCCCCGGCUGCGUUGACGUCGGCUCCCAGAAUUUCAACUUCCAAGCCAAUAUAGACGACGAUUCCUGCGAGGGCCCCGCUACAAAUCUCACUUUCGGUGGUAUCUACCAGGAGUGUAUUCCCAUCUCCCGAAACACAGAACCGCUGUGUGAUGCGUUGGCUCAGAAAAAUCCCGAUACCGGAGCGUUUUCCUGUCAACCGCCGUACUCGGCCACUUUACUGAGAUCAGAAGUGAGACAGCAAGCGUACACCGUGUAUGAAUGUCACGAUGAGAAAUAUCGAUGUGGGGUCUUUCACCUGUCCCACUGCCAUCGCCAAGUGUGUCAGGACAAGACUUAUGUACGUUCGGCUCAUAUAAACACCUUCUGGUGUUCGGUUAACGGCAACGCCCCGGAGAACUCCGGGUAUCUGUUUGGAGGGGUUUACAACCCCUCCCAAGUGAACCCCAUCACCAACGCAAAAACGUGCCCGUCAAAGUUUCUUCCGCUAAAGUUUCUCUCCGACGGACAAGUGAUCUGCGUGAGUAAGGACUACGAACUCGCCAACAAAUAUUCCGUACCGUUCGGCGGCUUCUUCAGCUGUCAGUCAAGCAACCCCAUGAGCGGACAACAACGUCGGUGCCCGUCCAAGUUCAGUCAACAUCUCGCCGCAGUCAGCGACGGCUGCGAAGUCCUCUACUGUGUCCAGUCCGGACGCUUCACAGGUGGGCAGUUGCUUCCAAUCAUCCUCCCUCCUUUCACCAGAGCUCCGCUUGUUAGCUUCCAAGCCACUAACACAGUCAUGGUGAUGACCGAGGGUGAAAAAAGCUGGGUUCGAGUCGGACAGACCAAGACAUGGAAAUUAGCCAAACAGGAAGAUUUUCAGAAGAUUUUCAAAAGUCUUAACUCAGACCAGAGUGAGAUGUCCGGUGGGGAAAAGGCAGGGGUAGCAUUUGGAGUGAUGGGCAUGAUGGCACUGGUGCUGGUGGGAGUGGUGUUCUUGGUGAAGAGAAGAUGACAGCUGUGUGGGAUGAUGAGGAGGCGGGGUUACACAGAAAUAUGUCACCAAGAGGUUCAGUGUGUAGAAGACGAGGGACUAGUAGCGGAUGCCUGAAAUAAUAAAUGACAUUUGUGGCCUGGCAUUUCCUUUUAGAUAUUGUUUUCUUAUUUCUUUUCUUGUUUUCUUCUUGUAUAUGUUUCUGGAUAGCAAAUGUAUAAUUUCAGUGUAAAUCAGGGGUCUCAAACAAGCGGCCCGCGGGCCAAAUGUGGCCCGCAGGACACGAAUUUGAGGCCCCCGCCUUGAUAUGAAAGUUUAAUGUUAGUGCGGCCCUCGCAAGUUUGAUAUGGAUGCCGUAUGGUAUCAUGUACCCAGAAAAAAUUAUUACGUUUUUAUUAAUGUUCAUGUUAAAGGUUAAAUAACUGUUAAUAGUUAUCCUCCCUAUCCGUGUGGAAGUGGUAAGUUUUUGGCUAGUUUUUGGCUAAAGGUGCUUUGCAAAGAUUUUUUCGACUAAAAUAUGCUGCUUUGGCCCACUUUCCAACAUGCUAGUAACACAUUUGUAACUGCGUUCUAACAUGACUGUAAAGCAGGGGUCUCAAACACGCGGCCUGCGGACUAGUUUGAGGCCCCCGCCUUGAUAUGAAAGUUUGAUAUGGAUGCUGUAUGGUAUCAUGUACCCAGAAAAAAAAUAUUACGUUUGAUUAAUGUUCAUGUUAAAGGUUAAAUAACUGUUAAUAGUUAUCCUCCCUAUCCGUGUGGAAGUGGUAAGUUUUUGGCUUGUUUUUGGUUUUUGGCUAAAGGUGCUUUGCAAAAAUAUUUUCCGACUAAAAUGUGCUGCUUUGGCCCACUUUCCAACAUGCUAGUAACACAUUUUUAACUGCGUUCUAACAUGACUGUAAAGCAGGGGUCUCAAACACGCAGCCUGCGGACUAGUUUGAGGCCCCCCGCCUUGAUAUGAAAGUUUGAUAUGGAUGCUGUAUGGUAUCAUGUACCCAGAAUAAAAUUAUUACGUUUGAUUAAUGUUCAUGUUAAAAGGUUAAAUAACUGUUAAUAGUUAUCCUCCCUAUCCGUGUGGAAGUGGUAAGUUUUUGGCUAUUUAAGUUUAAAGGAAAUAACUUGAAAGGCUACCGUUUAGGUCGCUAGCUCUCUAGUUUGCGAGUUAGCAUGUGUCUCAAGACCCUGCAGUUGCGCAAUAUGUUGUAAAUAAAAAGAGUAUAAAUGUGACUAUAGUCGUGUUUUGUCAUGUCUACAGGGCUCUAAUAAUGCUUUGUUCAUUUUAAUCUG